GCACCAUUUUAUCCAUCUUGGAUAAAGUCCUCCUUUUCCAUUCCUCUACUUCGCGACAGAAAAGCAAUGGCGGCAAUUGAAGCUGCACUGCCUAUCUUCUCAGUCUGCUCUUCUUCGUUUAAACUCCAUUUUUCCUCUAACAAAAUUCUCUCCAGAAAUCUCCGUAAUUUUACUCCUAUCCCCAUUCUUUUUCCCAAAUUUCCUCUUUCUCCUCUCCCACUCGUCGUCAACAAACCCUCAAGAAACCACCUCUGCUUUGAACUAUGUUCUGCGCUGCAGGAGGUCGUGGUAGAAGAGGACACAGAGCAAGCCCAGGGAUCCAACCCGAAGAGCAAGCUUUACCUGGUCAAUCUUCCCUGGUCUCUCUCUGCUACAGACAUCAAGAACCUCUUGGGCCAGUGCGGAACUGUAAAGGACAUUGAGAUAAUAAAGCAGAAAAAUGGGAAGAGCAGAGGCUUUGCCUUCGUGACAAUGGCGUCUGCUGAAGAAGCACAGGCUGUGAUUGAUAAAUUUAACUCUUAUGAAAUAUCAGGUCGGAUAAUAAGGAUAGAGUUGUCAAAGAGAUUCAAGAAGCCUUCUCCUCCACGUCCUGAAGCUCCCGCUGCUGGAGAUACACGCCAUAAAAUUUAUGUGUCAAAUCUUGCAUGGAAAGCAAGAUCUAAUCAUCUUAGAGAUUUGUUCUCUGAAAACUUCAAACCAGUUUCAGCCAGGGUUGUCUUUGAUGCCCCUUUAGGGAGAUCUUCCGGUUAUGGCUUUGUCUCUUUUGCCACACAGGAGGAAGCAGAGGCUGCAAUUUCCGCUUUAGAUGGGAAGGAACUGAUGGGCAGACCACUUCGUCUGAAAUUCAGUGUAAAGAAUGUUAAUGAAGCUGUAAUUGAAAAGGAAGAAGACUUAUCUGAGGGUAAGAAUGUUAAUGAAGCUGUAAUUGAAAAGGAAGAAGAGUUCUCUGAGGGUCAACAGGAAGAGCUGUAGAUCCAUAGACAUCAUUUUGUCAUCUUGAUGCAUGGGUUGCUUGUUUAGAGUAACCUGGCUGAGCUCCAAUAUUUGGCUGUACUGCCCGUGAAAGUGAUGGAAGGUCUUAUCUUUGGUCUGUAUAUUUUCCACCUUCAUGAUUCUUUUCUAUUAUAAUUUUGAGUACCGUAUAGUAGCAGUUACCUUUUUCAUCA